CAAUACUCAAGUUUCUCGAAUUAAAUUUUGUCUUUGAAAUCGAAAAGAAGCUUCAACUUUUUUUUUUAUGAUCCAAUAGACAGGUAAAAUAUGCAUAUCAGAUAAUUCACGUACAAAAAAAAAAAAAAAUAACGAUAAAAUGUUUAAGAAAUACACAUAUCUCUUCAUAUGUACAGCAGCCAACAUGAUGCAAAGGAAAAUGAGCAGCACGUGGACAGUAAGCGCUGGUUGCUCACGCGUUAUAAGCCACAACACACAAUCAUACUGGACUUGGCCGCUUGUCACCUGUGCAUGGUUGUCCUAUACAACUCACCAAACAGCUCUUGCUCGUUCUCUUGUUAGCCCAGACGAGCUGACAAAAUCAGGCCAGGAAGAUGCCCAAGCUGCCCCAGAAGAAGUAUUACCGGCAGAGGGCUCACUCCAACCCCAUCGCGGACCACAACUUUGACUAUCCAGUAUGCCCUGCUGAGAUGGACUGGAGUGCAUUGUACCCCAAACACUGCCAGGGAGGUAGUGACAAGAAAGUAGAGUUUGCAGACAUCGGCUGUGGCUAUGGGGGAUUGCUAGUAUCCUUGGCUCAAGUAUUUCCCGAGACGUUGAUGCUGGGGAUGGAGAUACGAGUAAAAGUGUCAGACUUUGUAAUUGAUCGCAUCAAAGGUCUGCGGGAGGAGAAGAAAGAUGUGCCUGGAGGAUACCAAAAUAUUGCCUGCAUCAGGACCAAUGCAAUGAAAUACUUGCCAAAUUAUUUUGAGAAAGGACAGCUGAGCAAAAUGUUCUUCCUGUUUCCUGAUCCACACUUCAAGAGGGCAAAACAUAAAUGGAGGAUCAUUAAUUCCUCACUUCUGGCUGAGUAUGCAUACGUCUUACGUCAAGGGGGUCUAGUGUACACUGUCACUGAUGUUAAGGACCUUCAUGACUGGAUGGUUCAUCAUUUUACUGAACAUCCGUUAUUUGUUCGUGUGACGGAAGAUGAAUUGACAGAUGACAAAGUAGUAGAGCACUUGUUUGACAGUUCCGAGGAGGGACAGAAGGUGUCUCGAAAUAGUGGAGACAAGUUCCUUGCAGUGUUCCAGAGAGUGAGUGGUCCUGUGCACGCAGCUGCUAGAAUGGAAUGAAUAUGAUAUUGUUUGGCUGUGUAGUGAUGCUGACAUGCUUCUAAUACACUUCCUGACUGGUACUCCUGCUGUACUUCUGCUUGUCAGCAGCUGCAGCCCCAUUACUACAGUACUGAUACUGCCACCACCUGCAGCUCCAUUACUACAGUACUGACACUGCCACCUGGAUUCUCAACUGGUACAUCUAGACCUAUCAAAAAUUGUGAAAUCUUUAAGAUUAUCCACAGGUGACAAUCAGCAUUCCUGACUACCUGGUGAAUAUUUAUAUCUGCUCAGAUUCUGUUGAGGAUAUUCACAAGGAAGAUGCCACAACUAUUAAAAAUGUUUUUGAGAUGGACCUAGAGGCACCAGAGGUUGUAAGGCAGAAAUAAAUUAUAGCCGAGAUCCCAGUUAGUAUACCCAUGUAUGAGUCAGCCUUUCCACAAGCAAACAUCAUACAUAUUCAUGAGGACUGAAUAAUUUUAGGAUAAGUUUUAGCUCCUGUGUUUAUGAUGGAAACCUCUUAUCAAUUGAUCGCCAUUUCUUUCAUCAUCAGUGUAAGAGUAACAAAAAGUAACAUAUUUUAGUUGCUAACCAAUGCAUUGUGUAAUGGUUUACAAAUGCCCACUGCACUUAAUAUUUGUGGCAACAAAUUGCUCUUGAAUAUGGAAAUAACUAAAAGGCUACCGAAGAAAAUGUGUUUGUCAUUGUCCACUGUUGAUGAACAUAAAGCUCACUUACAGCAGUCUGUAGGACUUAAUAAUGGUGUAGGUUGUAAAAAACUAAGGCACCGUUCCUUUCUGAAUGCACACUAAUAGUAUACAAUUUCUUAUAUUCCUAAAUAUUUUUAAAAGUACUGUAAAUACUACUUACAUCACCAGUAGGUAUCAUAAUAUAGGAAUCAGGAUCACAUAUUUGGCCUUAUCUAUACAGUCAAAAUGUAUCAAGGUAAAUAAUUGUGACAGACAUAAAACACACAAAGCUUUCUGAAAAUUCACAACAGAGUUAAACGUACAUGGAGUUGGAGUGUGCAAAAUUUAGGCUACAUGUUAUGUAAUGGUUGAGAGAUUAAUAAUGGGGACUACAGGCUAUUAAUGCUUUGUCUUUUAUUAAAGUAAAGGAAGAAUGUCUUGAUAAAAUGGAGUGACCCAAAUGUCAAAGGGGAAAACUAGUCAUAAUGCAUGAACCCUCAAAAUGUGGGAUCCUUUGAGCCUUGAGAUCACCCUGUUGCCAAAAAUAUGCCUGAAUAUGGUACUUACAUGUACUGUUAAUACAGUGUUAAGUCAUCUUAUAUGAUUAUUUUAGCAUUAUAAACAUUUUAGUUCAGUAAUACAAACAUGAUAAAAUGCAAUGUGUUAAAAUAUCUGUAGAGUAUAUAACUCUGCAACCUUUGAAUGACUCACUGAGCAGAGAUUAAAGUACUAUAAAGUCUGUUUUUGUAUAUUUAUGUAUUGGUUUAUUUAUUAAUUCAUUCUAAGUUUGUUAUAAAAUAAGCAAGAGUGUGAGCAUUACACAUGAAAAAGAGAUUUCCAUAUAUUUCAAAAUUUGUUAUAAAACAAGUCAAGGUGUGAGUAAACAAAGAAGCUGGGAUAAGGAUAUGAGCAAUGCAGGCCAAGAAUAUGUGCAUAAGCUGAGUUUACACUGCCAUUAUUUUUUUUCAGAACAGCAGCUGUGAUGUAUAAAAUAAUCAAGUUGUGCUUACUUUUUUUUGUAAUACAAGGUAAGCAUGUGUAAACUGUAAUCUCUCAGAACUCUAAAAAAAUACACUGUACUGUUCUGAAGAAUCAAUGAAGUUAUGUAAAAAUUAUAUUUGUAACUAUAUAAUCAUAUGCUUUUGGGACCAAUGUACAAACUAGACCUAAUAUUAAAGCUGAAAACUUAA